AGACUCGGCACCAAUGCCCUAUUUUUGGCCAUGGCCGGGAUCCCAUUGACUCAAUGGAAGUGAUCGAAUUGCCCACGACCACCCAUUAGAGAUGUUAAGCCGGAGUAUUCACUCAGGCACCGUGGUUGUCCAUGAGUGGGUGUCUCUGGAUCCCUCCACUUGCCCCAUCUCUUUCCCAAGACCGGACAUUCACCCCCCUGCCCUGGAAGCAGUAGUGCAUGCCCCAGGAACCCACGCUGGUUCUAUACUACUACUGCCCCUGUCGGUAUUAAUUUCGAGCCAGGAAAAAUCCAGACCUGCGCCGGUCUCCCGCUGGACGCUCGCUAGUGUUGACUCAAUGACUCGGCGAUGAAAUCAUGCUGGCGAAGGGCUGGGCUCGUCCCUAUCGCGGGCCUACCGAAUGCCGAAAGGGGAUGUAUAGAUGAUGGGACAGACGCUCCGCCUACAGUUACCCUCUGCUUCCCACCCGGUCUUGGUCUAUGUAGGUGUCCCUCGCCAAUUCUCCUCCGUAAUUCCUUCCUGUCAUUGUCGCUCGCUGUGAUGACUCUCUCCUGCCCACCGUCCGAGGGCAGCUCCCCUCUACCCACUCCUUUGUUCUCGGCCCCGUCCACGCCGGAGACGGAGCGCGACUAUGAUUGUUUCGACUUGGCCCUGGCCGCGCUGCCUCCUGUCAACGCGGCCGCACAAUACAUCCUGGUCACCGGCGGACUGGGCUACAUUGGCAGCCAUACGGCGCUGGAGCUGCUGAAGACGGGCUACAACGUGCUCCUGGUGGACAACCUGAGCAACAGCUACCGGGAGGUGUUCGAGCGCAUCCUGCAGGCGGCCAAGCAACACUACGAGCGCGAGGGCGGACCCUGUCCGCAGGCGGAAUUGGCAUGUAUGGACUAUCGCGACACGCCAGCGAUGCGCGCUCUCUUGGCCGCCCACACUACACAAGACCCAGAUUCCACGCCGCGCUCUAACAUCACGGGAGUGAUCCACUUCGCGGCCUACAAGGAGGUGCACGACAGUCUGCGCAACCCCCUCAAAUACUACCAGAACAACAUCAGCGGGCUCGUGGACUUCGUAGCCCUGCUAGACCAGCACCACAUCAAGACCUUCAUCUUCUCCUCGUCCGCCAACGUCUACGGGACCCAGUCGGCGACCCACCCCACCCUCCGCGAGGAGCACUGCGUGCACCGACCAGAGACCUACUGCGCGCCGGACGGACAGCUCAUGGCCGUCGAGCAAGGCUGCACGGGAAUCACGAACCCAUACGGCCGGACGAAGUUCUUCGGCGAGGCCAUUCUGUCCGACCUCGCGGCCUCGGAUCCCUCCUGGACGAUCCUGGGGCUCCGUUACUUCAACCCGGUCGGGUGCGAUGCGUCGGGACUCCUGGCCGAGGACCCGCGGGGUACACCAUCGAACCUGGUGCCGGUGGUGGUGAAGGUGCUGACGGGGGAGCUUCUGGAGCUCUCCAUCUACGGGGACGACUGGACAACGCCGGACGGGACGGCGAUCCGCGACUUCAUCCACGUCUCGGACGUGGCGCGCGGCCACAUCGCCGCCCUGACCGCGGCGCAGGAGGGCCGCGUCGUCGAGUCCUUCCGCACGUUCAACCUAGGCACCGGCUGCGGCCACUCUGUCGCUGAGGUCGUCGCCGCAAUGGAGACUGUCAGUCAACGGGCAAUCCCGCGCCGCACGGCCGGCCGCCGGCCGGGCGAUGUGGAAUCGUGUGUCGCCAUCGCUGACCGUGCUGCUGUCGAGCUGGGCUGGAAGGCGGAGCGGUCGUUGCAGGAUGCCUGCCACGACUUGUGGCGUCAUCUACGAGACGGAAAGGCGGGGGGACUGUGAGAGCCCGUGUGUGGCUGAUGUUGGAUUAGGGCUGAGGAGGUCGGCCAUUGGAGGAAAUGCAGGGGGAGGAGAAUUCCGGCCAAAGCUCGCGAUUGGUGGCGUCGAGCUGUCAGUCGCAAUGCUUCGUUUCUUUCUUUUGUGGGUUCUGUUUGCCUGUCGCUUAUAAUUACUUCUUUCCCCUUUGUUCAUGAUGUUGGUACCGGUACAUACCUGACUGGAUAGUAAUAUACC